AUGGACGCCGCUAAUGACUCCCUCGGAUCUCAAGGACUCACGGCGCGGGACAGAGAGGUGGGCUCCGACGAGUUCAUUGUUGCGUUGGCCCCAAUCCGACUGAUCGCAGCCGGCGGGUUCCUUGCCGUGACAUAUCUCCGGAGCCGUGAGAGCACGGGGGAUAUUGAUUAUCUCAUUGACCCGGAAUUCGCUGGGGACCAGCACAUCCAAGUGCCCCUGCAAAAGGCCAUCCGGUCCGUUGCGCACCAGAAGGGCUUCACCAACAAAUGGAUCAACGAGGACAUGGCCAUUUUCGUCACCAAGAAGGCCCGGCAGACUCUCUUUGGAAAGGCCGAGAAACAGAAUAUCGUGCUUUUCAGCGGGGAAAACAUUGAGGCGCUGAAGCUACGCAACAAAGGCCCGCUUGACCAAGAAUCAGUCCGGAGGAUGAACAUGAACGGAUUCGAUGUCCUCCCGAGCUAUGAGACCAUGCAACGGGUCUCGCGCGAGUACCAGCAGAAAUACAAUGAGGAUAUCUUCAAAUGA